AUGGACAUUCAUUUGUUCUCCUCUCUCUCUCUCUCUCUGCCUAGUGAACGUAAUGUUCCUCAGUCAGUCCAUGUUUUCAUCAUCUAUCUCUAUCUAUCUAAAUCUAUCUAUAACAGACAUUCACACAUCUUUCCUCUCUCUCUCUCUGCCAAGUUAUUAAUGUAUCCAUCUGUCCAUAUUUAUUAUCUAUAUCUAUCUAUCUCUAUCUAUCUAUCUAUAACAGACAUUCAUUUGUCUUUCUCCUCUCUCUCUCUCUUUUAUCUAACUCAGUCCAUCUAUCUAUCUAUCUAUCUAUCUAUCUAUCUAUCUAUCUAUCUAUCUAUAACAGACAUUCAUUUUCUCUCUCUCCUCUCUCUCUCUCUCUGCCUAGUGAACGUAAUGUAUCCUCAGUCAGUCCAUUUUUAUCUAUCUCUAUCUAUCUAUCUAUCUAUCUAUCUAUCUAUCUAUAACAGACAUUCAUUUGUCUCUCUCCUCUCUCUCUCUCUCUCUGCCUAG